AUGGGGGGGGGGGGAGAAGGGAGAUCGAAAUCCUUCGUUCCUUCCUACUUGCAGAUUUAUAUAUGUAGAAGAGCGGGGUUAGGAUUUGCGGUGGCCCCGCCUCCUUUUGGCCUUUUCUAGCAGCCUCCGCCUUGGCUUCUCUGUGCUUUCGUCCUCCUUUUAAUAAUAGUUUCGCCCACUAAACAGGCGAAGGAUACGUCCCGGGCGAAACCAUUAGCCUGGAUGUGGGGGAGAAACUGAUUGGAUCAGCAAGGAGGCGGGGCUUAAGGUCUUGCCGCCGCCUGGCGUCGCUGUCAUCCUUCCCUCCCUUUUUUUCAGAAUGGUUUCGCCCGCCUUCCCGGAAGUGCCUGCAUCCCGGGCGAAACCAUUCGCGCGGAGUGGGGGAAAGGGAAGGAGAAGGCCCAAAGCCUGCUUUUCCCCAAGAUGGCCCGCUCGCCCAAGCUGGUGCUUCUCUUCAGCGGGAAGAGGAAGUCCGGGAAGGACUUUGUGGCCGAAGAAAUCCAGAGCCGGUUGGGGCCUGACGUCUGCGCCAUCCUCCGCCUCUCUGCGCCCCUCAAGGAGCAGUACGCUAAGGAGCACGGCCUGGACUUCCAGCGCCUCCUGGAUGCCACGGACUACAAGGAGACUUACCGGCAGGACAUGAUCCGGUGGGGAGAGGAGCGCCGCCGGGCCGACCCUGGCUUCUUCUGCCGCAUCGUGGUGGGGGAGGUCACGCAGCCCAUCUGGCUGGUCAGCGACACGAGGCGCCUCUCGGACGUGGAGUGGUUCCGGGACGUCUAUGGGGACCUGGUGCAAGUGGUGCGGGUCGUGGCCACAGAGGAGACGCGGAGGAGGAGGGACUGGGUCUUCGUCCCAGGGAUCGACGACUCCGAGUCGGAGUGCGGCCUGGACCAGGGGAUGCCCUUCGACUGGGUGCUGUCCAACGAGGGCGACACCCUCUCCCUGGAGGCCCAGAUGGAGGCCCUGCUCCAAUUUGCCCAGAGCAAGCUGUAGCCGCCGCCGCCACUGCCGCUUCCGCAGCCGAGGAUGAUGGAAGAGGCGCUCCGUCCCGGGACCCCAGGCCAGUCUCCUUUUCCCCCGGAAUUGGGUCCGCUGUGUAGACCCUCUUUAAGGGGGCAUCAUUCCAUUUUGUG